CUUCCCGUGUUUUCAGCCCUGAAGUUCAAACCACAUCGUUAACAACUAAGAUAAAUUACAGAAAGAAAAGGGAUUAGUUAGGAUUAGGGUUAAGACAAUCAUACAGUAAUGAUAGUCAUUAAUUUUGUCAAAAGGUCAACUUAAAAAAAUAAAAUUGCAAAAACACACAAACUAAAAAAAUGGUAUGGCGACAUUACCCUCUGGCAAAAACCCUGAUAGUAGAAAUUAAUCCGCUAAAACAAUAAAACAAAAUCGGAGGUAAUGUUUUCAAGACAGCGAUGUAUCUACGAUGAUCUCUUCUGCUGUUUAGCUUGAGAUUCUGUUAUAUUUUAAUUCCUUAAAGCUCUAAACUACAUUUCAGAGGUGUUAAUUUUUUACACUAUCCCAAGCACUCCCUUCACCUCGUGCUGUUGUAUUUUCAGUAGACCAUAUUCGUUUUCUUGGCAGGACAUUCUUCUUUUGACUUGGUAUCUAAAAAAACCUAUAAUAACAGGAACCCACAUUUUACUUCAUAUUUCUAGCGCUGUAUAUCGACGUCGGUGAGAUCUGAGAAUAAAAACCAUGUAAUUUUUCGUCGCCGUCCAUUUUGCUUCCUUUUUUAUUUUUUAUUUUUUUAUAGAAUACUCUUCAAGAGGGGUGGAAGCCUGCAAAGUAUGUGACGUAAUUAAAUGACAGGCUGUUAUUUUUUAUCCUAGAUCUCAGCGAAGUCGAAAUAGGUGAUUUGGUCACAAUAUGGUCUGUAAAAGCUAUUUAUAUCUGGAGAAAAUGUGAGGAAAACAUAACGGUAUGUUGAUUGGCUACUGCUAAAAAGUGACAAAUGUAUUGGACGUACCAAAUCACACUGCUGUUGUUACUCUUUUGCCCCAAAUAUAUACAAGGUGUUUCAUGGCACAUUUCUGGGUCUUCACCUUAUGCAGUGCUUAACAAGACAUUUACAUUCACCUGUACAGUAACAGAUGCUGAGGAUCUCGUUGAUGUAAUAGCUUUUUAUAAGACAACAUCUACGUAUGGUUCACGGUAUCAGACUGGUAAUACUUGUAUACCGUUCUAUGAUCCAAUGAGAGGCUACAAUAUAUCCUGUGGAAGUGGCACAAACAGCAGCUCGUCCACCACUAAGAUCUAUAAUUUUGUGAUCUACCAAGUUGCAACACAUGAUGUAGGAGAUUGGUCCUGUAGGCUAUUCAGAUCACUUAGAAUGUCUACGUUUUCUUUGAUCAUUAGCAAUGGACCAGGCAAUAUUACAUUCAAUCCAUCACCACCAGCUAAAGUCAUAGUAGGAGGCAACGUGAAUGUAAACUGUACUGCUGACUGUAUCCCACCAUGUUCAUACUCUUGGACACUGGAAAACAAACCGGUCGGUUCAACCUCAUUAUUAGCAUUGAAGAACAUCGGAAAGAAAGAAGCAGGAGGGUACAUGUGUACAGCAAACAACACCAUACUAUUAAAAUCUGUAAUUAAAACUUUCAAACUGACCGUUGUCGGUGUUUCAUGGGACAUUUCUGGGUCUUCACCUUAUGCAGUGCUUAACAAGACAUUUACAUUCACCUGUACAGUAACAGAUGCUGAGGAUCUCGUUGAUGUAAUAGCUUUUUAUAAGAGAACAUCUACAUACGGUUCACGGUAUCAGACUGGUAAUACUUGUAUACCGUUCUAUGAUCCAAUGAGAGGCUACAAUAUAUCCUGUGGAAGUGGCACAAACAGCAGCUCGUCCACCACUAAAAUCUAUACUUUUGUGAUCUACCAAGUUGCACCACAUGAUGUAGGAGAUUGGUCCUGUAGGCUAUUCAGAUCACUUAGAAUGUCUACGUUUUCUUUGAUCAUUAGCAAUGGACCAGGCAAUAUUACAUUCAAUCCAUCACCACCAACUAAAGUCAUAGAAAGAGCCAACGUGACAGUAAACUGUACUGCUGACUGUGUCCCACCAUGUUCAUACUCUUGGACACUGGAAAACAAACCGGUCGGUUCAACCUCGUUAUUAGCAUUGAAGAACAUCGGAAAGAAAGAAGCAGGAGGGUACAUGUGUACAGCAAACAACACCAUAAUAUUAAAAUCUGUAAUUAAAACUUUCAAACUGACCGUUGGCGAUGGUCCAGGCAAUAUUACAUUCAAUCCAUCACCACCAGCUAAAGUCAUAGAAGGAGCCAACGUGACAGUAAACUGUACUGCUGACUGUGUCCCACCAUGUUCAUACUCUUGGACACUGGAAAAUAAACCGGUCGGUUCAACCUUGUUAUUAGCAUUGAAGAACAUCGGAAAGAAAGAAGCAGGCGUGUACAUGUGUACAGCAAACAACACAUUUACAUUAAAAUCUGUAAUUAAAACAUUCAAACUGACCGUUGUCGAUGGACCAGGCAAUAUUACAUUCAAUCCAUCACCACCAGCUAAAGUCAUAGAAGGAGCCAACGUGACAGUAAACUGUACUGCUGACUGUGUCCCACCAUGCUCAUACUCUUGGACACUGGAAAAUAAACCGGUCGGUUCAACCUCGUUAUUAGCAUUGAAGAACAUCGGAAAGAAAGAAGCAGGCGUGUACAUGUGUACAGCAAACAACACAUUUACAUUAAAAUCUGUAAUUAAAACAUUCAAACUGACCGUUGUCGAUGGUCCAGGCAAUAUUACAUUCAAUCCAUCACCACCAGCUAAAGUCAUAGAAGGAGCCAACGUGACAGUAAACUGUACUGCUGACUGUGUCCCACCAUGUUCAUACUCUUGGACACUGGAAAAUAAACCGGUCGGUUCAACCUCGUUAUUAGCAUUGAAGAACAUCGGAAAGAAAGAAGCAGGCGUGUACAUGUGUACAGCAACCAAUACAUUUACUUUAAAAUCUGUAAUUAAAACAUUCAAACUGACCGUUGUCGAUGGUCCAGGCAAUAUUACAUUCAAUCCAUCACCACCAGCUAAAGUCAUAGAAGGAGCCAACGUGACAGUAAACUGUACUGCUGACUGUGUCCCACCAUGUUCAUACUCUUGGACACUGGAAAAUAAACCGGUCGGUUCAGCCUCGUUAUUAGCACUGAAGAACAUCAGAAAGAAAGAAGCAGGCGUGUACAUGUGUACAGCAAACAACACAUUUACAUUAAAAUCUGUAAUUAAAACAUUCAAACUGACCGUUGUCGAGGAACCACUGUUUUUUUUGUCUGGGUCUUCAUCUUAUGCAGUGUUCAACGAGUCAUUUACGUUCACCUGCACAGUCACACAGGCGGCUGGUCUUUAUUAUUUAGUAGAUUUUUAUAUUAAUGAUGCAUUAGAGUCUACGUGGGCCUCUUUGGAACAGAAAAUAUCUUCAUGUGAUAUAAGGAAAUCCGCACCACCAGGUUACACUGCAUCCUGUGGUAGUGGAACAGACAGAAGCUCGUCCACCACUAAGAACUAUACACUGAGGAUUAACAGAGUUGCAGUCAGUGAUGACGUGAUCUGGUCGUGUAAACUGUCUAAAGCUGGAAUACGCAGCCAUCAUUUUAGUCUGCCAGUUUACACUCCUGUGUACAAUGUCAGUAUUGAAAUAUUUGGAUCAAUGACAGGUGCAGUUAUCAUAACGGAAGGAAGAUCAAUUAACAUAACAGAAGGAAUUUCGGCUAUUUUCACUUGUGUAAUACAAGGUGCCAAACCAGCUCCAAAGGUCGCGUGGUACAGAGAGUUAUCCCUAACUGAUGCCGAGUCAAUGACAGGUAAACUAGGAAACCAGACCACUUUUGACAGAACCACAUCAAUCAAUGUGACAUACACGGCUAACAGACAACACCAGGGCCAGAAGGUGUACUGUACUGCAAUAAACAGCUUGAUGGUCAACCGGGGUAUCCAUGCUCUUAGCUCCAGUAACAAGAUAUUACUGAACAUCGAAUAUGCUACAGAGCACACGUCUGCUUUAACAUUACGUACAUUUGCUCUAUCGGGAAUUGGGAUCGCUGUUGUAUUAGCUGUAGCUAUUCCUGCUGUUUGGAUACUUUGCAGGAGAAAAACAGAGAACAAACCUCAAGAAGCGCAGAACAUGCUAACUACAUUAAACCAAAAUCAAGCUGACAAUCCAGUAUUUUUCCGUAACUAGUACCAGAAUAUGGAAGACAGAAUGAUGCUAACACUAGAACUCCUCA